AGGCGGGGCCGUGGGGCUGCCGGUGCCGGUGCCGCUCCCGCGUACCCUGCGCCGCCUGCCCAGCGCCCGCGGACGGCGGGGGGAUGCCUCACAGAACUGAGCUGUAUGAGGAUCCUCCAUCAACAUGCUGGCCUAUCGUUUAUUCUCCAGACUACAACAUCACAUUUGUGGGACUUGAGAAACUGCAUCCAUUUGAUGCAGGGAAAUGGGGAAAAGUAAUCAAUUUUUUGAAAGAAGAAAAACUAAUUUCAGAUGACUUGAUAGUGCAGGCACGGGAAGCUACUGAUGAAGAUCUCUUGGUGGUUCACACAAGGCGCUACCUUAAUAAAUUAAAGUGGUCAUUUGUGGUGGCUGCAAUCACAGAAAUCCCACCAGUUGCCUUUCUUCCCAAUUUCCUUGUUCAGAGAAAAGUUCUGAAACCUCUGCGAACCCAGACAGGAGGGACCAUAAUGGCAGGAAAACUUGCUGUUGAUAGAGGCUGGGCAAUCAAUGUGGGAGGUGGUUUCCAUCACUGUUCCAGUGAUAAAGGUGGAGGAUUUUGUGCAUACGCUGAUAUCACACUGGCUAUAAAGUUCUUAUUUGAAAGAGUACAAGGGGUGUCUAAAGCCACAAUUAUUGAUCUGGAUGCUCAUCAGGGAAAUGGCCAUGAGAGGGACUUUAUGGAUGACCAGCGGGUGUAUAUUAUGGAUGCAUACAACAGAUACAUUUACCCAGGGGAUGGGUUUGCUAAACGUGCCAUAAAACGCAAGGUGGAAUUAGAGUGGGGUACAGAGGACACAGAAUAUCUUCAGAAGGUUCAUACUCAGGUGGAAGGAGCAUUAAAUGAGUUAAAACCUGACAUCAUUGUUUAUAAUGCUGGGACAGAUAUUCUGGAUGGUGAUCCAUUGGGAGGACUUGCUAUUUCUCCUCAGGGAAUUGUGAAGAGGGAUGAAGUUGUGUUCAAGGCUGCCAGAAGCCGCAGAAUCCCAAUCCUGAUGGUGACAUCUGGAGGCUACCAGAAGAGGACAGCACGGAUUAUUGCUGACUCCAUCCUCAAUUUGCACAGCCUGGGGCUCAUUGACAAGGAGCAGGCAACCUGUGGAGCUGGAAAUCCCAAGGUAGAACAGAUGAUUAGAGACUCUGCUAAAGACUUAUGCAACUUGUCACUGCAAUGACAAGUUACUGACUUGAGGAAACAGCUUCCUGGUUUGGGAGCAGGAAGAUCUCCGUGUUACCAGGGUUAAUACAGAAUAUUUUAAAAAAGACUCAUCUGUAAAGUAACACAGUAGAGAUUAUAUGUUGUUACAGAAUAACUGUGUCUACUGAAACUAUCUUGAGCAAAGGCAACAAAUCCUUUUAAGCUAAUUGAGACGUGCUCAAGGGUACUGCCUUUCAGUUUAUAUUACUGUAGAAAGCUAUAAUUGCUUCUCUUAUUGUCAUGGGUGGUGUAUUAUGUGUAAUGAACUAUGCAGUUGGUAUCCAAAGACCAUCCCAGGCCUAUUUCAGAUGAUGCAGUUUGGACAGUGGUGGGAGAAAUGUGCACUAAAUCUAUUGUAGGCUUUUCCUUUUUUAGAUCCUGUGUUUUAUUUAUUGCUUUUUUAUUGAAAUUUUAUUAAAAACAAGUUCUGCACAGGCUUCACCUGUCAGCUUAAUACUAAAGUUAUGUGCAAUACUAUUAAAAACAGUUCAGUUGGUAGGCUUUUAAGCCAUAGUCUGUUAGAAUGAAGACUCAUUAACUAUUAUUCCUGUGGUUGAUGGUGACUAAAAUCCUACUUAUAAACACCUUGAGAAAUAGAAUAUGAAAUGCCUUUGACUUCACAUGCAAACAAACCAUAAGAGAUGAGGAUUAACAGUCUGAUUUUCCUCUCAAAAUGAGGCCUGCACAUAAAAGGCUGUAGUUACUGUGCCUCAUAAGUCAGAGUACAGAAACUACAAUAACAUUAAAACCAAUUUUAGAGUUCUGAGAAUUUUUGCAGAAAAUAUUACAUAAAAACAAAAGGUAUCUUUCAUUAUUGCCAGGUUGUCAUGUAUAAAGCAGUAAAGAGUAGAUUUUGAUUUUUAAAUUUUUUAAAAAUUUUAUUUCCAAUUAGUGCUGUGUGUUUCACUUGCUUGAAGGGUAACUGUACAGUCAGAGUCUGUAACCUAAUUGUUCAUACAGUUAAAAACAGAGUAAAAUUUCUACAUUAAGUUAAUGUGUAAAACUUAUAUGGGAGCUUCCAGGAAAAUUUGGGAAUGAAAACGUGUAUUCAAAAGCAAAUUUGGUGCACUAACUGUGAAGUUUGGUUUUGUUUAAGUUGGUGUCUUUUGCAAUAGGUACUGCUUAUAGUAGUAGGGGGUCACAGAUGUAUUACACUGUAUGUUUUGCAUGAGCUUUUUUAACUUUGAUGUUUUCACUGAUAGUACAAGUUUCAUGCCAUGGUUAAGUCUGAGCCUUUCUGUGAAGGAACACUGGUGUGUUCCAUGUAGUAGAACUGGUGUGUAAGCUAUUUAAGGAAUGUUUAAUUCCAGUCAGAAUACUUACCUCACUUAGUGUUAAUAUUUAGAUUGAUGGGAUUUGCUAAUUGUAAGAACUUGCACAUUUGCGAUAAAUAUCUGCUUCCAACCAGAUUUGACACAUUGCACUAAUCUUGAGUUGCAACACUGUUACUAAAAAGCACUUUUAAAUUUCUUACUAGAAGGACCAUCAGAGUACAACUAAUGUUGAGAUUUAUUUUUUCUAUGCUGUCUGAUGUUACUGAGAUGUUAUUCUUUCAUGUAAUUUUUAUAAAACUAUAAAUGAUAUUUCUAUAAACUCAACCCCUGUCAUAGUACCAUAUGGUCUCUUCCAAAACAUUUUCUGUUUGUGUUAACAUGUUUGUUAUUUUCCCUCAGUGAAGAUUAAAAUUAUGUUGAACAAUG